AUGGACCGACACCUCCCCACAGCAGCUCAAAAAGCCCUUUCCCUCCCUGAACUCAUCAUCCCCAUCUUUGAGCAAAUAUAUACCGACGACGAUGUUACUGUAUUCCAUCCGCCCGAAGACCCCGAUGAUGAGAUUUACCGGGACCGCGAGUGGACAUUACGUUCUUGCGCGCUGGUAAAUACAGUAUGGUGCACCCUCGCCCUGCGCAUUCUCUGGCGCUGCGACAACCCCGCCUACGAAAACGACCACUUCUGGCGUCUCCAAAAUAUCCAUUCCGCGCGGCGGAGGUUCUAUGCCGAUAUGGUUGAGGAGACGACUGUCACAACACACCAGAGUUGGAGUAGCCAUGUGCCACACGUCAGCGACGUGGAGUUUCCGCGACUAAAGUCAUUGCGGCUGCAAGUUGAUUUUCUCGCGGCCGAGAUACCGGAUUUCAGGGCCCCUGGACUGCGCGAGCUAACGAUCGAUCCGCGUACUGAAUGCUAUCCGGAUCAGGUAGUCGAUGCGGCGACCAUGGGCAGCGUGUUUGAGCGCAUUGGCGGUGUGCGUGCGCAGAAUGAGUUUCCAUAUAUUGAAACACUGGUCUUUGCCGAUUGCGCGGAGGUGAAGGGCAAGGAUUACGAGCGCUUGAAGGCGCGGUUACACCAUUUGAACAGAAUCGACGACGGGCGAUUGGCGUUGGCUGACUACCCUAAUUAA